AUGAUGUUUGGCAACAAAAACAAGAAAAGUGUUGGACCGAGCUUCGAGAUGGCAUUCACCUCGGGGGGUGAUCCCGCUUCGCGCCAUUAUUUUACGCACGGUUUUUCUUUGGGCGAUCUCAACUUGAUUGUGCAAUCUGAGGCAGACGCUGUGGAUCACAAGGGAAACAUCGUAGAGCUCAAAGCCAGGUUGACCUCUCGCAAUAAGCCGUUCGACAAAAACAGAUUCUUCAGGGAAUCUGGGUUUGACACAUACUUCCAGAUGCUGUUCGGGGGCGCGUCCUUGCUCGUCCUGGGGUUGCACAGAACCGUCGCCCUGGACACGAGCGAGGUCGACCCAUCUCAGAUAGAAGAACUCAGCAUUGACGAUGUGAAAACCAACUUGCCACAACCGUCGGUGGCUGACGAGCUGUUGGGGCGUGCUGCUGAGAUCUUGAGAGCUGUGAGCGAAGCCUGUGCUCUUUCAUCGCAGUGCAACCGCUUUGACUUAGCACUUGAUCGUGAUUCCAAGUCACUUGCGCUAUCAACGACAGAGUAG